AUGUCAAGGUAUUACCUCCCGAACACAACUAAAAUUUCAAGUAACACGCCAACAACGCUUAAUAAUGUCUUGGAAAUCGUUAAAAAAGUUGAAUAUACGACUGGACCAGUUACAUUUAUUACUUCGCAAACAGAAUCAUCAAUACAAUUAGCGAAAUUGUUAAAAGAGAUUCUCAUCCUUCAUGAUAAUAUUCAAGAAGUGCUCACCAAAAUUAAAGAUUCUCAACAGAGUUUCGAUUUAGUCAAAAAGUCUGAGAUCGAGAAAAAGAUCAAGAUAUUAUCAAAUUUCAACGAACAUAUCGCUUCUAUAAUGUCUCACAAACAAUCUUUGUUGAUGAGACUUAAAGAACCUUUCGUCGAAUUAUUUCCUAAAAUUACACAAAGUAUCGCAUCGUUACCGAAUGAUAUGGAGAGUAUUUCAUGGAUAAAAAAUCAUGAUAUCACUGAUGAAAAGAUUGAUAAUCAACUUUCUGGAGUCGCAUCCUUAAUCGCAAUGUAUGGAAAUUAUUCUGAUAGCCUCGACAGAGUUAGACAGGCUUUGAAAGAAAUUCAAAUUCUUGACGAAAGGGAUUAUGUUGACUUUUGA